AUGACUAUCAAGACACAAUCAGGUUUUCCUUAUAGUUUGGAUAUUUCACAUUUGAAUCCUGUACAAGCUGUUAUUGGAUAUGGGGAUAGUGCCAUUAAGGUAUGGAAGUACAAGCAAGUUCACGGUUCUGGAAAAAAGGGAAAACAGCAACAACCAAACUUUUACGAAUCAACUACCUUUUGGCAAGGUCUACGAGGACAGAUUGAACGAACAAUUUGUCAUCCUACUCUAGAUGGUCAAGUUGCUUUCUCUACUCAAUAUGGGCAUGUAGGUAUUUAUGAUAUCUACAACAGCAAAUGUGAUAUUUUUAGACAACAUCAUUCUGGAAGCAAUGGCGGUCCUUCUUUGGCAUGGGCUGGGGAUCUUUCUGCUGUACUAAAGAUGAACAAGAAUUACGAUGAUGAUGAUGACCAGAAUACAACAAUGAUCGAUACUCUAAUUACUUGUAGCAGCGAUGGCAGCAAUACAGGACUCUACUUACGGGAUGUCAAUCAUCGAUCUCGGACUCCUAUUGACUUGGAUCAAGUACUCGAAAACAUCAACCCUGAUUGGUAUACUUUGUUGAAAACGAAAAACACGAUCCGAUCAUUUGUGUCUGUGAAUCCUUCCUUUCAAUAUAUGGCACUGGGAAAUGGUGACGGAUCUUUGGAAAUUUACAGCUUGAAGACUUUAAAACUUAUUUAUGUAUCGAACUAUCAACGAAGCAUCAUUACUGCUCUUCAUUGGAAAGAUUAUUCACUUCUUGCGUCUGGAUGUCAAGCUGGUAUUAUUGCUAUUCAUCACAUCAAACAAGAUAUCAAUAUUGAUCCCACCAUUCCAAUCAUAGAGACUUCAACUUACCAUCAUCAACGGGAACAUACAAAAACAAUCACUGAUUUGAAGUGGAGUCAUCAUACGGAUCAAGUACUUUUAGCAUCGAGUUCAUUGGAUAAUCUGGUUUUUGUCUGGUCUUUGGAACCUGAAUUCAAGGUGAUUGGCUGUUUUGAUCAACAUCGUGGUCGUGUCUUUUCAAUUUGCUGGCAAUAUUUGGAACCUGAUAUCUUGUUUUCUGGUGGUGAAGAUAAAUUUGUUUAUAUGUGGAAUUGGAAUGGUCAUCCUCUGAAUAGAGAUACUACAAGUAAAGUUACGGAAACUCUCUUUGAAGCAACCAGGAAUGCAAUCGAAACCGAGGAUCUACAUCAGCUUCAACGCCAAUGUUACUUAACAGCAGUAACUCUACAUUACCCUGAUCAAGACCCAAUGAUUACUAUUAAUGAAAUCAAGAAUCGAUGUGAUACGGUGGAUGAUUAUAUCAGCAAGUAUAUUUCUCUGGAAAAUCUGGAUGAGAAAAGUGAAUCGCCUCAUUUAAGUCUCUUACUUGGCAACAAGAAUGAUGUACGAACUCUUAUUGGAAUUGAACAACAUCAUGGUAUGAAAUUUGGCAGUGAUGUGAUGGGAUCAGAUGUGAAGUUGGCAUUGAAUAUCAUGCGUAGUCAAUACUUUAUCCUUGAAUCUUACCUCCAUGCUGGAAAUGGAAUGAUGCUUACUGACUGGAUUGCAUUGGCGCUAACUGGAAAGGAAACUUGGCUUAAAUUGAUGGAAGAACAGGCAAACAAAUUGGCAGAGGGCGGGUAUCACCAUUUGGCUGCGACUUGCUUUCUUGCAUGUUCAAAGGUAUAUGAAGCUAUCAAUGUUUACCGGCGGGCAUCCAUGUAUAAAGAAGCUAUUGCGAUGUUGAAAGUUCGUCUUCCAAUAGAUGAUCCAUUAUUACCAACUCUAUUAUCUGAAUGGGCUCAGCAACUACAAUCAAAGGGCAAUGAGGAAUUGGCAGCAUUAUGGUAA